AUGGCCAAAUCCUCAGAAAAGAAGUCGGAGAAGAAGUCCGCUCCCAAAGUCAAGGAAGAAAAGAAGGUCGUCGUUGCGUCUUCAAAAGAAAUUUUGGCCAAGGCUGCCAAAGCUGCCAAGGCCCCCGCAGUUCCCGCUAAGGCUGAGACGAAUGGCAAAAAGGCUGCCAAAAAGGCCAAGGAGUCUUCCUCCUCAGAGGAGGAGAGCGAAAGUGAUAGCUCUUCCGAGGAUGAGAAGCCCAAAGCUGCGCAAGUGAAGGCUGCCAAGGCUCCUUCUACCUCCUCCGACUCUAGCGAUAGCGACAGCGACGCUCCCGCUAAACCUGCCGCUAAGCCUGCCGCCAAAGCUGCCCCUGCUAAGAAGGCUGCCCCCGCUAAGAAGGACUCUUCAUCAUCAGAGGAAUCUUCUGAUUCUGACUCUGAUUCCGAUUCCGAUUCUGCACCCGCCCCUACUAAGGCUGCCCCCGCGAAAGCUACUCCCGCGAAGGCUGCCCCCGUCAAAACCUCUCCCAAAAAAGCUGCACCUGUUAAGAAAGCAGCAUCUUCUUCCUCUUCCUCUUCCUCCUCAUCUGAGGAGUCGUCCGAUGAAGAACCCCCAGCAAAAGCGGCCAAGGCUGCACCCACAAAAGCCGCCCCUGCAAAGGCAGCCCCCGCCAAAAAGGACGAAUCCUCAGACAGCGACAGCGACAGCAGUGACAGUGAAUCUUCGGAGGAGGUGCCUGCUAAGGAAACUAAGAAGGCCGACUCUUCAUCUGAAUCUUCUGAAGAAGAAUCGUCUUCCGAUGAAGACGGUGACGUCAAAAUGGCAGCUCCUACUACCAACGGCUCCACGAAACGUAAAGCUGAUGACGAUGCUGAGCCUCAGACUAAGAAAGUCAAGCUUGCCGAUGGUAGCGCUGCUCCAGCUGGUGAUGCGCCCGAGGAGUCGAAGACGAUUUUCGUUGGACGCCUCUCGUGGUCCGUCGACAACGACCGUCUUGCCCAAGAAUUUUCAGUGUGCGGCGAGGUCGAGUCGGCCAAUGUGCAAAUGGAUCGUGAUACCGGUAAAUCCAGAGGAUUCGGAUAUGUUCGCUUCACAACUAGUGAAGCUGUUGAGAAGGCUCUUGCUAUGAACGGUGUCGAGAUUGACGGGCGCCCUGUCAACAUCGACAGGAGCACUGCUCCGGAUAAGAACAAGUCGAGAGAGAACAGGGCUAAGGCUUUUGGCGACCAAGUCAGCCCCCCGAGUGCUACCUUAUUUGUUGGCAACCUCAGCUUUGGUGUCACUGAGGAUACUGUUUGGAGUUUCUUCAACGAUUACGGUGUGAAGAAUGUUCGCCUUCCUACCGAUCGUGAAACUGGUCGCCCCAAAGGUUUCGGAUAUGUUGAAUUCGAGGACAUCGAGGGUGCCAAGAAGGCCUUCGCUGCUUCAAAUGGUGCUGAAAUAGAGGGACGAGCUAUUCGUCUUGACUACUCCCAACCUAGAGAUGCCUCAGGUGGAGGAGGCGGCCGUGGCGGCAGUCGUGGCGGAUUCGGGGGUGACCGUGGAGGCCGUGGCGGCGGCCGUGGAGGCUUCGGUGGACGUGGUGGAGGACGCGGUGGAGGAGACCGCGGUGGACGUGGUGGAGGUCGUGGACGUGGUGCUCCUCGUGGAAACCCUAGGUCUGGCGGAAUCAGCAACUUCGAGGGGAAGAAAAUAACUUUCUAA